GCUGAGUGACCCGCAGUCAAAAAUACCAUUCGGACGGGAAAGUGCCGCACACGGCUCGUGGAAAAAUCUUUCCGCUUCGAAACUUCGUCAUCAGGCGCUCUAACCAGCAAAAGGGCUAUUAAAAUCGUAUUACCAAGUUCUAGUGCGAGUACGGGAAAAUAAAUCAUUACGCUCUGUGUGCUUACGGAUUCAGUGAACGAAACACAUCAGUACACAUCGUUGAGACUGGAGAUUCUGGUAGCAAAAAAAGCAAAAAGUUAACUUUCCUCCAAAACAGGGAGCCCCCAUGAUCCUAUUUUGUUGUUCGGAGGCCUCGUUGGUUGGAGGCGCGUUAUCGACCCUGAAGGAUUUUGUGAACCCAGCCCCAGUCGGCAACAAGGAGCGAAAGUGAUUCUGUGUAUGUGUGUGUUUGAGUGUCUCCAAGUCUCUAAGGGAACUAAAGCUAAAAUUGUGUCGAGCCCGGUGUGAAUUGAGACUGGAAAUUAAGGGCACCGGGUCUUAUCGGAGUCUAGUUGCGGAAACUGUCGUUGUCAGCAGGGAGAGUCCUCUGGGCGACUGACGGAAACAUAUCAACCGUUUGCCCUCGUGAAAGUGCUCGGGUGACAUUGCGCGUGAAUAUUUAACGUUUUCUGCUCAACCCAAGAAAAGUGCCUUCUCCAGUAUAAGAGCAUUCACUGUGUGCGUGCGUGUGUUGUGGAGCAUCGGUGGUUGCGUGCCGUGAGGUGUGUCCAUAACUUUAGCAACCGUAGCGUUGAUUGGCUUUUUGGCCCUCGAGUCUUGAGUGUGGCAGAGGAGGAAAAGUUCUAAAAUUUGUGUCCCGAUUGAGUGUGAGUGUGUCGUGGAAGGAACCGCAAGCCCUCAUGCAUUCGAGAGCGUGCCGGCGUGUGUGACAGCGUUCCCGGUGGAAAGCGUAAACAGUGACGGCGUGCAAAGUUUGGUGACCGCAAAAUGAAGAGCCAACUGUUGGUGGGACUUUUGGUGGUGGCCGUGGCGUUCGUCGGUGCGGUUUCGUACUGCCCGAACCGGUGCGUCUGCGACGAUGACAAGCUGCACGUGACGUGCGGCGAAGGUGAGCUGGACGUGCUGCCGAUAGCGCUCAAUCCAUCGAUCGGCCGGCUGGUGAUUAAGUUUAAUCGUAUCAAAUCGAUUGACUCGUCGAUACAGUUCUACACCGAGCUGACGAUGCUCGACCUAAGCUACAACCAUCUGCUCAGCAUCCCCGAGCGGAUCUUCAUGUACCAGAAGAAGCUGCUACAGUUGCAUCUGAACAACAACAAGCUGGGUGCCAUCACGAACCGCACGUUCGGCGGGCUGGACGAGCUACGGGUGCUGAAUCUGCGUGGCAACUUUAUCGAUGAGAUUGGGAGCGAAAUGUUUAAGGCGCUGCCGAAGCUGGAGGAACUGAACCUGGGCCAGAAUCGGAUUGCCACGCUGCAUGCUAGCGCUUUCGAUGGGUUGGCUAAUCUGAGGGUGCUCUAUCUGGACGAUAAUUCGAUCAGCACCAUUCCAACGCUUUCGUUGACACCGCUCAAGGGGUUGGCCGAACUGUACCUCGGAACGAACUCCCUGUUCCGGGUACUUCCGGGUGCAUUCGAAGGGCUCACGCAGCUACGCCGGCUAGACAUUCAUGGUUCGAUGUUGGUAAACAUCACUAGCGAAACGUUCCGCGGGCUGGAGAACAUCCGAUCGCUGGACAUCUCGGACAACCAUCUGCUGAAGGUGCCAACCGUACAGCUAAGCGGAUUGAAGCGUCUCGAGGAUCUCACCAUCGGUCAGAAUGAUUUCGAGAUUAUCCCCGAGGGCGCUUUCUUUGGGCUUUCCAACCUAAAAUCGAUCGACAUUUCGGGCGCUCUCAACCUUCGUCAAAUUCAGUCGGGAGCAUUUUCCGCCAAUCCCAACCUCGAAUCGAUUACAAUCGCAUCCAACAAGGAGCUGCUGGAGCUGGAUGAAGGCGCCUUUGCCGGGCUUCCGCACAUCCGGAAGGUAUCGCUGCGAGACAACAAAAUCACCACCUUCCACGAGGAACUACUGCCCUGGAAGCAUCUGGCGCAGUUCGACCUUACCGAGAACCCGCUCGUUUGUGAUUGCAAUGUGCUGUGGUUAAGAAAUUUGCUCCAGCGCCAAAAUCCCGACUCCGAUGAGGACGCCCAAAUUGUGUGCAGCGGCCCGGACCGGUUGCAUGGUGAGUUGCUGCGUGAACUGACCGCCGACCUACUCGGCUGCCAGCAUCUGCAGUCGAAGGAGCGUGCCAUCUUCGGUGCCAUUAUCGUGGCGUCGGCGGCCAGCGUAACGACGCUGGUGCUGAUCGUGUACCGGCUGCGGCAUCGCAUCCAGGACGUGCUGCGCCGGAUGGGCUGGGGCGGAAGCAAUAAGCGGGCGACGCUGCAUGAGGAGAAGGACGUGGAGGUGCAGAAGUCGCUCGGCGAGGUGGAGUACCAUCAGCCGCACUGCAACAUCUACACGUACAACUACCAUCCGGCGUACAGGAACUAUCAGCAUCCGUUCGGUGGACAGUACACGCUACCGUAUCCGCACUACCAGUCACACGGUGCUUCCGGUGGACAUGCAGCAGUGCCGACCGGGACACUGCCACAGCAGCAGCAGCAGCAGCAACUCCACAUCCACCAGCAGUCGGCACCGAACUCGAUCGUAGCCGUGACUGGUAGCUACGGAGGACAGCCUCAGCAGCAGUCCCAGCCCCAGCAGCAUCAUCACCAGCAUCAUCACCAUCAUCAGCAGCCACCGCUGCCCCAAACUCCCAAGGGUACGCUGAGCACCUCGUCCUCCACCACCUCCUCCUCCACCUCCUCGUCGGCGCUCUCGUCGAGCGGUUCGACCGUGUCGGGCGUAUCGGCCCAAACCCAGUCCUCCACGAUCUAUUCGCCCCAGUACGCACACCACAUAUACGAAGUGCCCAAAAACAUGGCCGACACCUAAGUGAGGUACACAGUAGCGUCGUUAGCAAAGGGAGCUGAAGAUUUCGCACACACAAGUAUCACGAACACACACACCGUUUUACACCGUUUUUACACCACUACAUCACCUAGCGAAAACGUACACGCACUAGCAAGCUCAUUUCGGGGACGGUCACUCUGGUCACUCGCCACAGUAACUACGGCUCACACAAAACUUUAGUAUUAACGCGUACCGUUGUCUGUUAGGAGGUUGAGAGUUCGGUCGGAUGUUUGGUGAGAAGUCAAACCAGGACACCAGGGCAUUCAUUAUUGAUGGCAUCCGGCGCGAGGGAUGCCGCUACGAUGAGUCAUAUCCGCGAAGAGCUCGUCCUUCGCUAGGUUUAGAGCCUGGGGUGCAGAUCUUGAAAUCUUCAGUUGUGAAGUUGAGUCCCGUCGGUGGGUUUUGGCUUCUUACCGGUGGGAUGCAAAGCGCAUUUUACUUCUAGUCAAUUUUAAUUUAUCUACUAUCAAGAGUAUGAACGAGCGUUCUCUAGAAAAGCUGAACACACUACAAAGCAAUCGAGCGUUCUUUGUUUACUAAGUACGCACAAAAGCAAACAAACUUCAGACUAAUAUAUUUCUCUUUUAACGGUUUAGUUGUCUUAGCGUGUCAAAUUAAACGAGCAUUAAGGGCUAUUACAAAUCCAACAGUACAACCAUCAAUGUUUCCAUGUGAGCGGGCGCGCGCGUUUGGAGGUAGACGAUUUUUCCGCCCAGGAAAGGAAAUAACUUCUCAGUUAGUUGUACAUAUUAUGUAAAUAAACUUUUUUAACGUAUACCGAUAGUGAUGAGCGAGUUAAUAGCGAGAUGUUACAAAUGGGCAAAGAAACAGGCUAAGAGGGCAGGGAAAACAGGCAGGCAAAUGUUAUGGCAGUGGCUCAAUCAGCAGCACUGUUUUAGUGUUUAAUUUACCCUUUUUUAGAAGUGUCGAAAAAUCAAAACUGAAUUCGUGGAGGGGAAACAUAAAUGUACGACAAAAUAAACUUUUUGUACCGAUAGUUUAUCGUUUCAUCGUUGUUCUGUACACAUUUUCCUUCGUUGAGGUGAGAGAAAAACAUUUUUCUAGUACUGAAAAGCGACUUUCCUUCCUUUGCAUAAUGCCACCCUGUUCGCAUUAUCAAGCGCGGGACCGGGUGGUCUUGUGUGGCAAUAGUUCAGAAAUCGGGUAAAAAUCGAGGGCGAUCGUUUCGCAAACAGAACUGGAAGCAAAACGGAAGGCGGAAAUAAAGAUGUGAUUUUGGGUAGACGGCGGGCGUAGACGGGGCGUCAUUUUUUUACACGUUUAGCAAACAUAAUCGGGAGUGUUACAUAGAAAGGAAGGUGAACAGUAAAGGGAAGCUCGUACAUUUCAAAAUCACUCAAACACCCAUACACACCAAUUGAUAGGCAUACGGGGGAAUGCCGCUUUGAAGCAGCAGCAGCAGCAGCCGCAGCAGGAUCGUUAUAGUCAGUAAACAUUAAAGAAAAACAAGAGAGAAAAAAACAUACAAAAAAUUGUACUCGUAUUAAAGUAAAUACUUUGUAUAGUGUGGUAAGAGCGAACGGAAAGCACUCGAUGAAAAGGAAAACGUCGAAGCACGAUAGCAACGAAAGACAUGAGAGAAAAAUUAAUAAAACAAAUCAAACUUCAGAUAAAGAAA